AUGUGGUGUGUGCGUGUGUGUGAGAGUGCGUGUGUGUGUGCUGCCGCUGACCGUGUUCUCUCUGUAGAGUGGGUGUUUGUGAGCGCUGUGCUCGUGGGCAGUCUCCUGGUCGUUCUGCUGGUGGGUGUUUGCUGGUGUCAGUGCUGUCCUCAUUCGUGCUGCUGUUAUGUGAGAUGCUGCUGCUGUCCAGACACCUGCUGCUGCCCUCGACACUUGUAUGAAGCAGGAAAGGGGAUCAAGUCAACUCCGCCCACACCUGUGCCUAUGAUCCCUCCCUACUACAUACCUGGGAUGCCCACCAUGAUGCCCAUCGCUCCGCCCUCCCUCAUUGACCCCAACCUGUCCACUGCACCAUCACUGGAGAACAGUGGCUCAGUGCGGAGUGGUCUCCAUCUGCGGUCUGCGUCAGAUCAGAGCUCUCUGAAGGUGCUGCAGUUUGUGGAGAAGCAGCUCGCUCAGUUUAACCCAUCACAGACACUUAGCAGCAGUCCAGACUCCUGCAGUGUGUCCGAGCUGAGUUCGUUACAUGAUGUAGAAACGGACUUCCGUCAAACCUAUCGACAAGUCCAGAAGAAGGCUCUACCAGCCAUCCCUGAUCUUGAUGACCCCGCUGACCUCCGGGCCACAGAUUUAUCUCCGGUUCAUGAAGGAAGAUACUCACAACAGCCUCAGCGCAGGAACCACGUGGCAGAUGAACGCCUCAGGUGGAACCCUCGCUCGGAGCACCUGCAGAGGAAGGCUUUCCAGGAGCGAGGACGGACUGGAUCUGUGGAUGAGCUGGAGGAGUUUGCGAUGGCGUAUAUGCAGCGAGGACGUCACGGUGACAACGGAAACAGGGAGGACUACUACAGAGAACGAGAGCGAGAACGGGAUCAUUACCCACUUUACUGUUCCAAGGUCAGUCCAGCGAGACGCCCCCCCAGCCCUCCACCCUUACCUGGAAAGAAGCGGGACACUUGUGACAACGGUCAAGCCCAGCGGGAUCCACGAGAGCGGGAUCAGAGCAGAAGAGAUCACAGGCCAGACUACAACCAUACCCUUCUCAACACUUUAUUGGAACGUAAAGCUAAAGCUGUGAAGAGCAGCGCUUCAAAAGCAGGACAGACCGAAGAAGACUCGGAAACGCCUUCCAAAAACAGUAGUGAGCGUUCCCACAGCAGGACUCCCAAUAACCAGUCCCCUCGGCAGCGGACGGCAGAGGACAACGAAUCCCUGCCGCCGUACACAGAGAAGGAGCUGGAGCGUUCCCGUAGAGCCGAGUCCGGACAACAGCCGUUCACAUACACACGCUCCGGUCCCGGGCCAGAGGAGCAGAACCGCCCUCGGAAAGUGAGCACUCUUCUGAGCAGAGACUCUCUCGUGGUUUGAUGAGGACGUCUCCACCGCCGGCUCACACACGUGCUGCAGAAGCUCACAGCUGUGACUCUGAACAUGGAGAGAAUCCAUGAGACUUUCCUGACAGUUUGAGCAGAUUUGUGUUUGAUGAAAGCGUUCACCACACAGUGGGAAGAUGAGGUUUACACUGAGAUGCUGGAGCUAGUAUAUGAGGAUAGCAAACAGUUUGGGAUCAGGAAGAUUUGUCAUCUUU